ACAACUCUGGUACUCGUGGAUGUGUUUGUUGAGAACGUAGUGCAAAUGAAAUAAAAUAAUGUUUUUACCAAUUACCGGCGUUCAGCGUCAAGUGAUAAUUUCUUCAUGUUUAUAUUUGGGACAAAUGAUAGCUGGUUAUACCCUUGCAUGGACGGGGCCUGUGAUACCAAAACUACGCGACCUUGAACAGUCACCGCUCCCGUAUUUGCUGACUGAAACUCAGUUGUCCUUAGUCGCUACCAUAACUUAUUUAGGGGCAAUCCCUGGUCCAUACAUAACAGUAUGGCUGUCAAACACGAAGGGUCGAAAGCCUUGUUUUAUAUUUGGAGGACUUGUUUUAGCAGUAUCUUAUACGAUAAUGGCGGCAUCAACAAACCUGGCAAUGCUUUACAUCGGCAGAUUCCUCGUAGGCAUAGGCAGUGGUGUAUUAACUGUCAUGAAUUUAGUGUACAUUGGUGAAAUCGCAUCAACAAAUAUCAGAGGCAUACUUUUAUCAGCUAUUGGAAUAUUCAACACACUUGGCUCUAUAGUAAUGUUCUCUUUCGGACCAUUUGUUUCUUAUCACGCGACGACUUAUUUACCUUUGUCUUUGAGUCUAGUUUACAUAUUUUUUUUAUUGUGGUUGCCAGAGACGCCGAUAUUUUACAUACUACAAGGCAAAGAUAAGGAGUUACUAAAAGUUUUACAAGACUUGGACAGGUUGGAAGAUAAAGAUAAACUACUAGAAGUUAAAAAAGAAUUAACUGGAACAAGUGCUAAAAAGGAAUGGAUUGAAUUAUUUAGUAUCAAAAGUAACAGAAAAGCACUGUUUAUAGUCGUUGUAAUAAACAUUUUACAACAUUGCAGUGGAGUUUUGGGUAUAGUUUUCUUUUCCGCCGCCAUUUUUGAAAUGGCUGGAUCAUCGAUAAAUUCCAAUGUAUCUAUGAUCGUAAUUGGAUGUUUCCAGCUAUCAGGAAGUAGUUUGACACCAUUUUUCAUUGAAAGAGCUGGAAGAAAAAUCAUUUUGAUGAUGUCUAGUGCGUUAUGCUCUUUAAGUAUGUUCAUACUUGGGUUAUACUUUUAUUUGGACCACAUUGGAAAUUCUGUUAUAGAAAAUGUAAAGUGGUUACCAUUGGUGCUUCUGAUUUUGUUCUACAUUGGCUAUGAUUCUGGUCUCGGCAUAAUUCCCAAUGCAAUAAUAGGGGAGAUGUUCACAAGUAACGUCAGAAGCAAGGGUUCAACCGUUACCAUGACAACAUCGUGGAUAUUUGGGUUCAUGGUGACCACAGCUUUCGGCGCAAUGUUGGCGACCGUCGGCGGACAUGUAGCGUUCUGGUUCUUCUCGAGUACAUGCGCUUGCGCAGUUCUAUUUACCAUAUUCUUUAUACCAGAGACGAAAGGGAAAAGUCUGAUGGAAAUACAAGAGAAUUUAUCAUAGAUAACUUUA